AUGGAGGAUAACCAAGUGGAAGAUACUGAUUUCCACACCCCGGAGGAUAACCCAAUUGCCGGAGGCUCCACUACGUCAACGGAAACGAUAGUGGAGAGACAACGGGAAGCGGAUUUAGUUACGGUAUUUAUAAAUCCACCCAAAUCGGAGCCUCACGGAACGGCCCACCAAUCAUCAACAACAAAAAGUGUUGCCCUCAUGAGGAGUGAGGCGCAAAUCGGCCUGCAAAUACGGAGGCAAUUGAUGCUAAACGGGAUCUGCGAGAGAUUAACCCAGCUGUCAGAGGAGGAAGCAUGGGUGGCAGUCCUCGAGGCAUAUCAAUCGCAAGGCAACGCUUCAUGGAAGGAGUUCUCGGAUUAUCACGAGCUCCUUCUUAGCGAAGCCCCACCGGAGAUCUUUGAUCAUCAAUACCACACGGAGGACAUCUACAGCCAGGUAUCCUCCACCAAUUUUAACAUCGGCAUUAUUAUCGGACAACUUCGGACCAUUCUUGACAGGCGGAGGCAAAGAACCCAACCUCAAGGUGCAACCGGAUCCACGGACUUUAAUUCGCUCACCCGAAUUACUAUUCCCACAUUUGACGGAACGUAUCAUGAUUGGAGAGCAUUUGAUGACUUGAUCACCAAUCUCGUGAUUAACCCAUCCAAAAUCAGCAACGGUGAGAAGCUCACUCGGCUGAAGGCAGCUCUUCGGGGUGAGGCAGCUAGCCUCAUUUCCAAUAUUGCCAUUUCAAAUGACAAUUUCGCAACGGCCUGGGAGGCCCUCAGAAAUCGCUACGAGAACAAACGGGUUCUCGUAGUCUCCCACCUCAACAGGAUCCUGGCCUUGACUCCAGUCAAGGUCAAGACAGCCAAGGCCAUCCAAACAAUCAUCUACACUACCAAGAAAGCCAUACACGCUCUGAAAACCCUCGGAGCCCCAACGGAGCAUUGGGACAUGAUCAUCGGUCAUUUGAUCAGGAGAUUGCUGGACCCGGAUACACGAGAGAAGUGGGAGCUUAAGCUCGGAGAUUCCAGAGAAAUCCCAACUCUAGAGGAAACUCCAUCCAAUAAAUCAUCGGUCACCUCCACCUCCACCACCACGGCUCGGGUUCACCAGGUGUCAGCGGACACUCCUCAGGCAUCCAGCAGUCAUCCAUCCAGCGGAUCAUCGGCCAAGGCAAGUGCCACCAGUACUAGGGAAAGUCAUUGUCCCUGCGGUCCAUCGGUCGGCCACACACUCAUCAAGUGUCCCACCUUCGUCCAGAUGAAGCCAUUGGACAGGAGGUCAUACGUGAUGAGCAGUCCACGGUGCUUCAACUGCUUUAGAAGCCACAGAGCGGAGAGUUGCCCAGAAACUCAACGGUGUAAGGUUAGCCAGAGCAAACACCAUACAAUGAUCCACGAAGGAUCACCAGGAGCUCCAAACGCAGCUCGUCCAGCCAACACCCAGUCAACGAGCUCAAUCCAACGUCGGCUGGAAAAAGCGGCCAGUCAACCACCAACGGCACCAAGGCCACCACCAGACAUGGCUAGACCAGCGGAUCGGGUGAAUAAAAAUUCCAUUGUUAAUUUUUAUAUCCACCUUCUCACCUGGAUCUUCUUGAUAGACUCAUCCAAACCACCACCAACGGCACAUAGUACCACGGCGGAAUUGAUUCGGUCGUCUAUCGAGAACCUCACAGUUGUGAGAUCAUCAGCGGCGGGUCACCACUCAUCCAAGGCGGUCAAAACAGCGCACUCAAUCCAAUCUCCAUCGGACUCCAAACCACAGCUGGUGCUCUUGGCAACGGCACGGGCCAGAGCAUCUACUCCAAGCGGUUUCUCGCAACCAACGAGAAUCCUCAUCGACCAGGGCUCAGAGUUGUCAUUUAUCUCUGAAAGCCUGGUCAAAUUGCUCCAACUCCAACGGAAGGCGGCGGUUAUCAAUCCAAUCGGCAUCGGCUCCACGGACUCAGGUCGCACAAGAGGCUUGGUGUCCGUUACACUCCACUCCAACUUUGACAGUCAGUUUGUCAAAAUACGGGCCCACAUCCUCGGCAAGCUCACAGCGAAAUUACCCUCUAUUUCCUGUGAAUCACCAUCCAUCGGAGAACUCCAACACCUCCAACUGGCGGAUCCAAGUUUUGGAAAAUCUGGUCCCAUAGACGUCAUCAUCGGUGCAGAUUUCUACGGCCAAAUCAUCGGAGACCAAGUGAUUAAAUCCACGGAUAAUCAACUCGUCGGCCAGAACACCACCUUCGGCUGGAUCAUUUCCGGAUCAGUUUGUUGCUCAGGCUAUUCGACCAAGGUCUCUCUAACUGCAGUACAAGAGACUCCGAACGAGCAACUGCUGGCACUUUUGAAGAAGUUCUGGACCCAGGAGGAAUUGCCAGCUCAGAGCAAUACCCCCCUCACCCAGGAGGAGCUCGAAUGUAGGCAACAGUUUCAAUCCACCCACACUCGGGAUCCUACGGGAAGGUAUGGCGUAAGACUACCCUUUAAAUCAUCGGCCAAUUCCCUUGGGGUCUCAAAACCCAAGGCUCUUUGGCAACUUCACCAGCUCAGCGGCAAACUCCAAAGAGACUCCAUCUACGGGAUGCUGUACCGAGACUUCAUCCAAGAAUAUGAAGCUCUUGGACAGAUGCAGCGAGUAGUGGACACCACGGAACCAUCUCCAGCAUACUAUCUGCCACAUCACGGAGUGGUACGUCCAGAUAGCACAACCACCAAGCUUCGGGUCGUAUUCAACGGCUCCACUCCCACCUCAACCGGUACGUCACUUAACGACAUCCUCCAUGCCGGCGGGAAACUCCAGGUAGACGCUCCUGACGUGCUUCUAUGGAUGAGAAGACACAGGUACAUCUUCGGCACGGACAUUGUAAAAAUGUUCCGGCAAAUCAGGAUCCACUCGGACGACUGGACCCUCCAGCGUAUCCUCUGA